GCGAAGGGGAAGAAAGAAGCUGCCAUUAUGGAUUUGUUGCAUUCUUCCAUCUUAAGCGUGAUUGCCCAUUUUUCUUCCCUUGUUUCUGGCUCCAUGACGAUCCUAGCAGUAACAAUGUCGAUUGCUUCCUAUUUUCUUAUCCCUAUCCUCCUAGGCGGUCGCUCUAAAAAUUGGAAGAAUGCACCACCAGGCCCUGUUGGUUGGCCCAUCCUCGGAAGCCUUCCGCACCUCAGCCAUCGUCUCCAUGAAGAUUUCUUUCACCUUGCCAAAAUCCAUGGCCCACUAUUCUGUCUGAAGAUGGGCAUCAAGCCAGCCAUAGUGAUUUCCUCGCCAGAAAUGGCAUCCGAAAUCCUCAAGGAAAAGGAAGGCAUGUUCUCUAGUCGUACCAUAACCGAAGCCAUUCGAGUCGUCUCUUACGAUGCUCAUUCCAUCAUUUUCUCGCCCUACGGACCGAGGUGGAAGGCUCUUCGAAGAAUCUUGAUCACUGAACUACUUUCUCCAAAAGCCUUCGAGCAAUUCGAGCCGGUUCGCACCACACAGGUCCAUGGUUUGCUCAAGUAUCUAUACAUACUCUCAAAGUCGAGCACUCAAGUGAAUAUAGCAGAAUCAGCUUUUACGGCAUUGGCCAACCUUGUGAGUAAUAUUUUAUGCUCCAAAAGCCUUUUCGACAACUCAAAGCCUGAAGGAAGAAAAAUGAAAGAGAUGUUCUGGGAGAUGAUAAAGGUACUAGGAACUCCGAACUUUUCUGAUCUCAUUCCAAUUGUUAAACCAUUUGACCUACAAGGCUUGAAGAGAAAAAUUUCUGGGAUCUUUGACCAAUUGGAUGCUUUCUACGAAAAGCUAAUUGAGGAGAGGUUGGCAGAGAAAGGAACAGCUGAGCUUCAGAGAGGUAACAAUGAGACGAUGGAUAUGUUGGAUGUUCUUUUGAGUUAUAAGAGUAAUGACAAAGAAAAUGGUUUGGACCGAUUCUCAAGAGCUAUCAUCAAAGGAAUGCUUUCUGAAAUGUUUAUUGCAGGAACAGAGACAACCUCAAGCACUGUGGAAUGGGGCAUGACAGAAAUACUAAGGAAACCUUCUGUUCACAAGAAACUACUACUCGAACUGGACCAAGUAGUUGGAAAGAACAGAUUUGUGGUGGAGAGUGAUAUCCCAAACCUGCCAUACCUUCAAGCAACUGUUAAAGAAGUUUUCAGACUGCAUCCUGGAGUUCCGCUCAUCAUCCCUCGUCGUACCAAUGAGGCAUGUGAAGUAGCUGGCUAUCAUAUUCCGAAGCAUUGCAUCGUCUAUGUGAAUAUCUGGGGAAUAGCAAGGGAUCCCAAAGUGUGGGAAGAUCCUUUAGAAUUCAAGCCUGAGAGGUUCAUUGGGUCGAGUGUAGAUGUGAAAGGUCAAGACUUUAAUCUCCUGCCUUUCGGGACAGGGAGAAGGUCUUGUGUCGGAUGGCCUCUUGCUCAUCGGAUGGUGCAUUAUUACUUGGCUGCGUUACUCCAUGCUUUUGAAUGGGACUCUCCUCCUGAGAUUUUAAGGGAUAUGAACGAGAGGGUUGGCCUUACUCUUCAGAAAGACAAGAGCUUGCUUGGCACUCCCAAACCUCGACUGCAAGCUUCUGUUUAUGAGCAUUAGACCUCAUCCUGGUAUCAGCUGUGCGAAUGAUAAAAGUAGUAGUUUUAAGCAAUUUUCAAACUUGUUUCUGCAGGCUCAUUUAUUUUCUUGUUUAGAAUGAAGCACAAUAUAUGCGGGGGCGCUCAAAAUGAAGGUGUGGUAGCAAAUACAUCAAGUUUCCCUGCAAUAAUAAUAUUACAAUAAAUCAAGGACUUGUUUCUCCUGGUUGUUCUUUCCUCUA